CCCCCAGUGACGGUCUCCGGCCGCAGGGGCACCGCCCCCCAGUCGUGACCCGAUCUGACCUUCCGAUCACCCUGGGGCGGCCUCGGGGCCGGGUCCUGGGACUUCCUAGCCCCGCCGGGAGGGUCAGACAGCACCUCGAAGGUGGAGGAUUGGGCCCAGACACACACUGCGAAAAGUAGCCAUAAUCUUUAAAACAAUCCAACUCAGCAUCAUGAGGGCGGAAAAGUGGAACUUGGACUUCCGCACAUGUGCUUUACUGUUUGUAAACCAUACUCUUGGGCGCUCUGGCUGAUGUAAUCAGUCCUUGGCCUGAGUGAGGAGGAAAGGAUCGUCCAUCCUUGACCUUCAAGGGUUUGCUGUGGAAGCUGAGGGAGGCUCAGAACCUUCUCCCCAGAAGCCAGGGGUUGCACAGUAGGAACUGGGCGCAGUCGCUCGGCCAGGGGACCCCAACCUGAUUCUCAUCUGAAGACCCACCCGCAGUGAUGUUUGAAACCCAGCUUCCCGGGCUCCUCCCCUGGGGCCUGGGAGGAGUUGGUCUGGAGCGGAGCCUAGGAACCUGCCUUUUAACAAGAGUCAAGCAGGAGGAUGAUUAUGGAGAGGGAGAAGAUGAUGCCGAGGUCCAGCAAGAAUGCCUACAUAAAUUUUCUACCCGGGAUUAUAUAAUGGAACCCUCCAUCUUUAACACUCUAAAGAGGUAUUUUCAGGCGGGAGGGUCUCCAGAGAACGUUAUCCAGCUCUUGUCAGAGAACUACACUGCUGUGGCCCAGACUGUCAACCUGCUGGCCGAGUGGCUCAUUCAGACAGGUGUUGAACCAGUGCAGGUUCAGGAAACUGUGGAAAAUCAUCUGAAGAGUUUACUGAUCAAACAUUUCGACCCCCGCAAAGCAGAUUCUAUCUUUACUGAAGAAGGAGAGACCCCCGCUUGGCUUGAACAAAUGAUUGCACAUACCACGUGGAGAGACCUUUUCUACAAACUGGCUGAAGCCCACCCAGACUGUUUGAUGCUCAACUUCACUGUUAAGCUUAUCUCCGACGCAGGGUACCAAGGGGAGAUCACCAGCGUGUCCACGGCCUGCCAGCAGCUGGAGGUGUUUUCUAGAGUGCUUCGUACCUCUCUAGCUACGAUUUUGGACGGAGGCGAAGAAAACCUCGAAAAAAAUCUCCCCGAGUUUGCUAUGGUGUGUCACGGGGAGCACACGUAUCUGUUCGCCCAGGCCCUGAUGUCCGUGCUGGCCCAGGAGGAGCAGGGGGGCUCGGCCGUGCGCAGGGCCGCACAGGAGGUCCAGCGCUUCGCCCAGGAGAGAGGCCAUGACGCCAGUCAGAUCACGCUCGCACUGGGCACAGCUGCCUCCUACCCCCGGGCGUGUCAGGCCCUUGGGGCUAUGUUGUCCAAGGGAGCCCUGAAUCCGGCCGACAUCACAGUCCUGUUCAAGAUGUUUACAAGCAUGGACCCGCCUCCUGUUGAACUCAUCCGGGUACCAGCCUUCCUGGACCUGUUCAUGCAGUCACUCUUUAAACCAGGGGCCAGGAUCAACCAGGACCACAAGCAUAAGUACAUCCACAUCUUAGCAUAUGCAGCGAGCGUGGUGGAGACCUGGAAGAAGAACAAGCGAGUCAGCAUCAAUAAAGACGAGCUGAAGUCAACAUCGAAAGCUGUUGAGACUGUUCACAACUUGUGUUGCAAUGAGAACAAAGGGGCGUCUGAGCUUGUGGCCGAGCUGAGCACCCUCUACCAGUGUAUCAGGUUUCCAGUGGUGGCCAUGGGUGUGCUGAAGUGGGUGGACUGGACUGUGUCAGAGCCGAGGUACUUCCAGCUGCAGACGGACCACACCCCGGUGCACCUGGCACUGCUGGACGAGAUCAGCACCUGCCACCAGCUCCUCCACCCGCAGGUCCUGCAGCUGCUGGUGAAGCUCUUCGAGACAGAGCAUUCCCAGCUGGACGUGAUGGAGCAGGUGAGCGGGCAGCCCGAGGGCUGGGCUGCACGGCGGGAAGGCGGCCCCUUUCUCAGCCUUGUCGCCCCACCCGUGCAGCUCGAGUUGAAGAAGACCCUCCUGGACAGGAUGGUGCACCUGCUGAGCCGGGGCUACGUGCUCCCCGUGGUCAGUUACAUCCGCAAGUGUCUGGAGAAGCUGGACACCGACAUCUCCCUCAUUCGCCACUUUGUGACUGAGGUGCUCGACGUCAUCGCGCCCCCCUACACCUCUGACUUCGUGCAGCUUUUCCUUCCUAUCCUGGAGAACGACAGCAUCGCCGGCACCAUUAAAACAGAAGGUGAACACGACCCUGUGACAGAGUUUAUAGCUCACUGCAAGUCUAACUUCAUCUUGGUGAACUGAUUCAGCGCAUCCUCCAGAGCUGGAGCAGAACAUUCCAGGAGACCCGCUGUGGAAAAACCCUUUCCAGAAGCUAUUGUUGAAGAGGCCCAGUCAGCGUCUUGGAAGUGGGCUGUGGUGGGAGGAGGUGGAUAACUUUUUUAAAAGGAAGAUGUCAGCAGUGUACCGGCCAUUAGGAACAGUCCCGUCUCCUCGUGAGUCCAGGGCUGCCCCCAAGUCCUGUUUACAGUAUUUCCCCAGUAGCGGAACUAGGUUCCCGUCACCUCUUGGGAUAUAGCCAACUGUCAGCCCCGGGGGGGGGUGGAAAUUCAGAAACUGAGACACUUAGAUGAACUAUUUUCAGAGUUGAUUUAAUUUCUCACAAGGCUCCAUUGGUUAGUUCGUAUUAUUGCAAUUGCUUUCAUUUUCCGAGAACAAAUAAAAAGCCCUUCUGCGGUUGGAAGGU